AGUUUAGUUUACGAAGCCCAAUUCAGCCACCCAGAUACAAGAUGAUCUCCUAAAAAUGAUCCCGAUCUCCUUGAAAAAUCUGUCAGACAGAAUCAUGCCGUGCAAACGACCCUCCGUGGUAUGGCUCACUUAAACGAGCCGAGUUUUUUCAAGCUUUGAGACGUCUCGUGCUGGUUGAUGACAUUUAUUGGGACGCGACAGCAGAUCAGUGUGCAAGCGGACAGAGACAAAGGGAAAGGCUUACGAUAGCUAGAAUGCUUUGGGCCUAAAAGGAGUCAAGAGCUGAGUGGUAUGGUCCGCAGACAGACGGUAUCCUCCCCUCCCUAAGUCAGUUUUGCUCAACUCCCAGGAAAUACAGCAGAGAAGAUUGAAGUGUGAAAACUGCAGAUCAAGAAACUUUACAUCAAAGUGGAUGGCACUAAACGGGAGGGAGACGUAGCUGGAAAACACCAUCGAGUUGUGUGGAAUUUUCUCUCAAUUCUCUUCCAAUGGUUCAUUGGUUGAGGCCAUGGCCUCUCAGUCAGGCAACAUGAACCGUGAAGACCGGAAUGUGCUCCGUAUGAAAGAAAGGGAAAGGAGAAAUCAAGAAAUCCAGCAGGGAGGAGAGGCCUAUCCAGCUAACUCCCCACUCUUUCCUGAACCUUAUAAAGUUCAGUGCAAGGAAGAUACACUCUCCAGUCGCAUCCAGAGCAUGCUGGGCAAUUACGACGAGAUGAAAGAGACCAUCGGUGAACCUCCAAUGUCCAAACUUAUUCCUAAAGCCUCCAGCACCUCCUCCGAGGAGAAAUCUGGUCAGUACAGUGACCAGCGCGGAGGAGGCACCCAGAGCCAGAACAACAAAUGGACUCCUGUCGGCCCGGCUCCCAGUGCCUCCUCUUCCUCCUCCACCACCUCCUCUUCACAGAAACGUUCAUCCAUGCAGAGCAGCCAUAGCGGCAGCCAGCGUAGUGGCAGCCAGCGGCACGAGCGAGAAUACAGCAGUAGCAAAAAGUCGAGCAAGCACAGCUCCGAGCACAAGUCUCAUGCCACCUCCAGUCCGGCUAAGGGCUCUGUGAGCUCUGGAAGCCACUCGCGGUCACAAACAGCCGACCACGGCAAGGAACGCUACCGCUCCAAGUCACCCCGGGACCGAGAGGCAAACUGGGACUCUCCCUCAAGGGUUCAUUCUUUCUCCAGCGGGCAACAUCCCAGCCAGGCCUUCCCACCCUCGCUCAUUAAGCCCAGCUCCAUGCUUCAGAAGCCCACAGCGUAUGUGCGGCCCAUGGACGGCCAGGAGACAGUCGAGCCCAAGACUGCCUCAGAGUCAUAUGGUGGCCAGUCGCACAGCAGCGCCAUGGGAGAAAUGAAACCCAACGGCAAGGCUUCACUCACUAAGCUCAAGAUUCCAACGCAGUCCGUUGAUGGUUCAAUGGGAGGAGAUGCAAGCUGUGUUGAUGAGAUUUUGAAGGAAAUGACUCAGGUCUGGCCUCCUCCACUUACAGCCAUUCACACCCCCUGCAAGACAGAACCUUCAAAGUUUCCAUUUCCCACAAAGGAUGGCCAUCACCUGUCUUUUGGGGCACACAAAAAAAUCUCAGGGAAGACCCCGUCCAGUCACACAUCAAAGCCAGCUGACCGCGACCAAGCCAACAUGUUGCAUGAUGAUCUGAAGCUCAGCAGCAGUGAAGACAGUGAUGGAGAGCAUGAUCCUGCCAAAAACACACCCAGAAACACUUCAGCGAGUAAUAACAGUAAUAAUAGUGAGGGUGCCGAGCGCGAGGACACCAGCAGCCAUAGCGGCUCGGAGAGCAGUUCUGGUUCUGACAGUGAAAGUGAGAGCAGCUCGACUGACAGCGAGACCAACGAACCUCCACGUCCUGCGUCACCUGAGCGUGAACAGCCCACAGCUAACAAAUGGCAGUUGGAUAACUGGUUUAAGAAGGUGAACAAGUUAUCCCCAGCUUCUCCAUUGGAGAACAGCACCACAGUGCCAAGAAAGAAAGAGGGGCGAGAAACCUCGAACAGAAGCUACAGCGGCCAGAGCUCCAAAGAUCCGACUCCCGCCACCGGACGAGACCUUCGGCCCUCCCAGAAAGGCUCUGAAAGCUGGCGAGGACGUCAGAAGUCUCCCGGCCAGAGCGAGGGCGGAAGUCAGAGCGGGCGACGGGUGGUGGGCAAGAAGCAGCCCAGGAAGCCGGAGAAGCCUCCUGUCAUAGAGGAACCAAAGGGUGGACUGAAAGUGGAGACCGAACCCUCACCCGAGAUCCCGUCGCACAGGGCCCGUGCAGCCAACAAGGGCCCCCGCAAGCCCAACAUCAAGAAGGACCCCAAAACCUCGUCCCCUCGGCCCGCGCUGGACAAACGCAAGAAACCACCCAGCAAAUCCCGUGAGUUUGUGGAAUCUGAUUCGUCGUCCUCAGACUCAGAAGGCAACGAGAGUGUCCCGUCUUCUUCGCAAACGCCAAGGGAGCAUUAUGCAGAGAAUCCAUCUGUUCUCUUCUCGCCCAUGCUCUCACCGCUGAGUGACCCAGAAGAGAGGCUUCCGCCCAGACUGCUGGUGCAGAUCGACCUCAGUCUGCUGUCCCGAGUGCCCGGGCGACUGUACAAGGAUACAGAGGUGAAGAUGGAGAGGGAUUCUCCAGCAGAGGGCAAAGAAUUCCAGAAGCAGCCUGGUGAAAAGGGAGCUAACAGGGGCAAGAGGAAACGACAGAAUGAUGAUGGUGGUGUCAAGCCAGAGAGUAAGAAAUCCAAACAAGAUGAGAAGUCAUCACACAAAUCAAGCAGUAAAUACUCGUCUAAGCGUGCUCAGGAUAAGGAGAAGGAGUCGGCGCCCUCUCCGUCCAAGUUAGAGCACCAGGGUCGCAAGCGGACACUCAGCCAGUCCUCCACCUCUGUGCCCAGUAGCGGCAGCAGCAAGAGCAGCUCCAACUCCAAACACCGCAAAGGCGACGACAAACCUGCACGCAGGGAUGCUAAGGAGAAAAGUUCUAAAACUGAGAAUCCUCUGGCAGUGGCGUCCCUCUCUGAAGGCUUGAAGUCCAGAUCCAAACUCCUGUUUGAGGACAGGGUUCAUUCUGCUGACCAUUACCUUCAAGAGGCGAAGAAACUGAAACACAAUGCAGAUGCUCUGAUGGACAGGUUUGAGAAGGCUGUGUAUUACCUGGAUGCUGUGGUGUCUUUCAUUGAAUGUGGAAACGCUCUGGAGAAAAGCGCUCAGGAGGCCAAAUCCCCCUUCCCUAUGUAUGCAGAAACCGUGGAGCUCAUCAAGUACACUAUGAAGUUAAAAAGCUACAUGGCCCCAGACGCUACUUCAGCUGACAAAAGACUAGCAGUGCUGUGCCUGAGGUGCCAGGCUCUCCUCUAUCUGAGGCUGUUCAAGCUACGGAAAGAAAGUGCACUGAAAUACUCAAAGACACUCACCGAACACUUGAAGAAUUCAUUGAGUAAUACCCAAGCUGCAUCUCCUGGAGUAGCAAAUAAAACGGCUGGGAUGCCGUCUCCGGUCUCUCCUAAGCUCUCUCCGGGCAGCGCGGGCAGCUACUCCUCCAGCAGCUCCAGUCAGAGCGCCAGCUCCUCCGUCACCAUCCCUCAGCGCAUCCACCAGAUGGCAGCCAGCUACGUGCAGGUCACCUCCAACUUCCUCUACGCCACUGAAGUGUGGGAUCAGGCUGAGCAGCUCUCCAAAGAGCAGAGAGAGUUCUUUGCUGAAAUGGAUAAAGUGAUGAGCCCGCUCAUCUUCAACACCAGCACUAUGACAGAACUGGUGCGGUACACACGGCAGGGCCUGCACUGGCUACGACUCGACGCCAAGCUCAUACCGUAGAGCUGUCUCAAGAGCACCACCUGUGGCCAUGCGCUUUAUUCGUAGUCCUCUCUAUGCCUACGCAAAACACUUACACACUUUAUCUGCCUCAGACAUUCUCUGUGACACUGUGUCUCAUUUGUACACCAGCUUGCCAAAAACUGAAAACACUUUGUAUCCUACUCCGCCACGACAAACCCUGUGAAUAUUCAUGAGAGGGGAGGCGGCCAAACCACAUACACUGCGUUGUCCUGUUCAUAUCACAGGCUUGUUUCAGACUAAAAGCCAUCUUCCUCGUUUCUUCAUUUGUAUUUUAAUUGUUUUUUUCCCCCCUGUUUUCUAUUUCUUGUUUGUUUUCAAGCUGAAAGCAAACACAAAUAAUAAUUUGGCAUUUAUAGCUUUUCAUUUCAAACCAAAGUACCUCCCUUUAACCAAAGGUGCUUUAAAAUUGAGGUUUUCUCCUUUUAUCAUUUUAUUGUGCCUUGUAUUUGAUAUACAGGAAACUAGGAGAAACAGUAUCUUGAAAUACACAAAGAAAGGUUUGAUAUGGGACUGGAGUUCAGAUGUUGGACAGGAACAAGUGACCCAUGGCAAGUUGGUGGAUUACUGAAGGGUUUUAAAUGAGUAUUGGAGAGAAAGCAUGUAUUUAUCAUUAAAUUAAUGUAGACGGGUGUCAAGGCAUGUGCAGAAUUUCAUCUAGCCACACGUAGUAUGGCAAGAACUUUUGACAUUUAAUCAUGUGCAGGAUAUGAAUUAUAGAAAUCUACAAUUAAAUGUUUUUCUAGGUAAAAUGCUAAUUCUUUAUCAGCAGUGGAGUUACUACUAGCAAAAAUGCUUAUAAUUGGGUUUUCAUUAGAAAAAUGAAUUCAUUACUUCAUUACAUUAGAACUAGUUGUAGUAAAAAAAAUCCUUUUGACAUUUGUAACUGGAUUUUUACUAGUAGAAUUUCACAUGUAUCUGUCAUUCAAUCAAAUUCACGUAUCAGCAAUGUACUACUUAUUAGUAAAAACUAUAUAUUUUUUCAAAUCAAUAAUUACGUUUUUAUUAGUGCAAAUGUCCAUUCCUGAAAAUAAAAAUUGAAUUACAACUAGUAAAAUGCUAAUUUUAAUAUCUGUCAUUUGUUUUUUUUACCUGUGGCAAUGAUCAUUUUUUACCAUAAUGUUAUCGUAACUAUUAAGAAAGCCUUUUUUAAGAUAUCUUUAAUUAAUCUUUAAUUUAUUGAUAUUUAAAAUCCAUUUCCAGGUAUCUCAAAUACCAAAUCUAAAAUGUUGCAAUACAUUUACACACAUCAAAAAUUAGCAUUGAUAUCAGGAUUGGAUAUAUGUAUUAGUAACAAUGUAAUUGAUUUCAACAAUUGUAUUUCAUUGAAUGUAGUUGAGAUAAACAACUACAAUUUUACUAGUAAGUAGUACUUAGCUGAAAUGUGUAAUUGGAAUUUCAACUAGUAUUAAAUCAUUUAUAGAUAUCUGUAAUUGUGUUUUGAAAUCCGUAGAUGAUGAUUAAAUGUCAAAAGGGCUUGCCAUACACGUAGACCACGCAGUGUUCAAAUUUAGCUUUUUCUUGAUGGUCCUAUCAAGAGCAACAAUAGAUAAGUCAAUGGUGAAUUGCUUUACCAGAUGUUAUUCCAUCUUGUUGCAAGACCAAAAGUCUAUAAAGCACCAUAUCGAAGUCGUAUUUUGACAGACACUUCUUGGUAAAAUUGUAAACACCCAAUACGUCAUUGUUACACCCUGUCGGAUCUGUUAACGUCAGUACCAAGAACGGCAGGGCCAAUGUUUUUAUACGAAAUGUAGCACUCUCAUAGGUGUCGCUCUUUCACCGUUGGUUUUCUGGUAUUAAACAUAGGAGUAUUUUAGUACUGUGGCGACUUACCUAAUAUAGAUUUUAUUUAGAUAAUGGCAAAUCGCUAUGUUCCAAGUUGCAUUUUCACUCACAAGUUUUUCGCUGUGGAUACAGGGUUGCAAUACAAGAUGAGAGAUGUAUUUCUAUUGUAUAUGAAAUUAUCAUAUUUAAAUAUUUAAUGUGAGUCUUGAGGUUGCCUCUAUAGUGUCAUAGUCACCUGUGUUUUGCAGUUCUGUUUAAAGAAAUCAGUCAUGUAAGGAAUAUAUUUAUGAUGCGUUCUAUUGACGAUUGCAGUUUAUAUUUGUACAUAUUACAUUACAUAUUACAUUGUGUCAUUUUAGUGCAGACUGGCCCACCACCCAUGCAUUGCUCUUUUCCAGUAACACAAUAAGACAAAACAUUUCGCCAUAGAACGACAAUAGAGGAGGAUGGAGUGAAAAGUGAUUAUGAUCAAUCCACAAUAUACGAAAUGCUGGAAAUAUAUAUAAUCUCUUGACUUGCACUAAAAUAUUUCCUCUCAUUGGCUCCCUGUUUUAUCUGUAGGGACAAACUGUUUCCACUGUCUAUGCAGAUGUUUCGAGGACAGUCUUCUUGAGCUUGUUUGUGCAGGACUCCUUUGAUCGGUUGAAAAGUAAACUUGUAUAUCAAUCUUAAACAUCUAAUGGCUAGCAACUAGGUUUAUCUCUGGUGUGCUUGUAAUUUUCUUCCAUCUUGCAGAAUAUGUCAUUUGAGAUUUGAUUUGGGAGUCAAAUGUUUGUUAAUCAUGCUUUUAUCUAAAUUAAUAAUUCAUGCACUAAUCUGUUUUUAUUAUCAGAUUUGUGAUAAGAAAGUGACUGCAUAAGAAUAGGAUUUGCUAAAAUGAUAUUCCCAUGGCCUUUAUGCUUUUUGACACAUUAGUUUGUUGUGAUGUGUCCCGUGUGUGAGUGUGUGAGUAUGUGAGUGUGAGUGUGAGUGUGUGUGUGUGUGUGUUUAUGUAUUUCUGUUUUUAAUGUUAUCUUUUAUACUAGACUUCAUGACAGUGCUUUUAGAGGAUUAGAAGAAUUAAAAUCCAUCUUUAAUUUUCUUAAUGAUAUAACUUUAUCCAGGGUAUGAUGCUUUUUUCUUUUGUCUGAUUGAAAAUAACUCUUGCAUGUUUCUAUUUAAAUACUAAGUUGUACAAAUGUACAUAAAAGUCUCUUUGGGUAAAUUUUUACAGCGGUUUAACAUUUGUAUUAAUUGUAUAUAGAAUGUGAAAAUAUUAUAUGCACAUUUACAUAACACAUUUUUUUCCCCUUUUUUUGAAGUCAUGACACUUUCGAUUGAACACUGUAUGUUAGUAACGUCAGGAUGGUUGUUUUCCUCCCAAGUAACUCAUUACUGUACUGAUUUUCUUUGCUGUAUGAACAAGGCUUGUCUUUUGUCUGUUAGUUUUAUCAUGCUGUUUAAAUAGGAUUUAUGCUGUUGACCAUAAGGAUGAUCGUCCCCGAACAUGACCAUUAAUGAUGUUGGACUGCUAAACUUUAUCUAAGAAAGCCUCCACAGAUAGCAAGGGAGGUCAUUAUGUUGAGCGAGUCUAGAUGUAUGUAGUACUCAUUUUAUAAUUAAAUAAUUAAAAAGCAAUCAUUGGCAAAGACAGUAUAGUUCAGAUCAAUUUAGUUUUAAAGUAUUGGGAUGAGACUGACAAAAGAAAGAAAUCUACACACACACAUAUAUUCGUAUUAUGGAUGCAAUAUGAUCUAUGAUUUAAAGGUACUCUUAUGAGCCUUGAUUAUCCAAACUUGUAAUAACUUGUCAUUUAAACACUUUUUUUGUGAAGUGAGUAUUACUAAUGGAUUUUCUGAGUCUGUUGCGAAUCAUCUUUGUAUUUUGCUGUAUGGAAAAUAAAAUAUAUAUGAUUACGGAAUGUUAUCUUGGUGUUUGCAUUAUUUAGAAAUGAGGGUAAAGGUA